AAAGGGUUCGAUAAAGAAGAUUGGGGGAAAUUUAUGUCGUACUGGCGGACAUUGUGCGAAUCUUCAUCAGAGCCCAUGUACAAGUACAACUUGGAGAAAAUGUAUAACCGACUCGUGGUUGCCAACCGAGAAAGUGUCUAUGAUUACGUCUACGAAAACUGGCUCAAAGACUAUAAAGAAAUGUUCGUUUAUGCGUGGACCGAUAAGUGUCGCAACUUUGGUCAGCGCACCACCUACAGAGUUGAGAGCCAGCACGCAAAUUUAAAAAGAUACAUUACGCGCGGGAGUUCAUUGGAGCGAAUAGCAAGAUGCAUCAUUGAUAUAGUUGAAACUCAGUACGAUGAAAUACAAAAAAGUUUCACUGAGAGCAUCGAAAAAACGAUGAACCACCACAGACACCGAAUGUUGGACAACCUACGUGGAAAGGCUUCCCAUGAAGCACUUGAUUUGCUGGAAAAAGAGCUACUGAGGAAGAUGGAUGUGUUGCGGAAACUUAACGCAUCAUGUGGUUGCCAUAUGUGGCUUAGCAAAGGAUUGCCGUGUGCUUGUAGGCUGGAAAACUACAAACGUACAGGUAAAAAAUAUUAAAACCACAAACCUUU